GGCUGGUAUUAGUCGCGCGCCGGUUGUGAAAAGAACAUGGUGAAGAUUCGCAUCGCUCCUCCGUCGCCUUCCGGGAAAAUGACAGAAGUCCUCCCGUGUCCACUGUCCGUCGAUUUUUCGUGUUUCUACGACGGUGAAAAAGAACUCGCCCUGGAAAUGGACGCAGUGUGUGCGAAAGCGCGCGACGCCCUGGCGAAGCGUCUGGAGUCUGAGCUGCGCGCCCCCCACGCCGGCAGAUUCCGGUUCGCGCUGCCGCCGACGCUCCUUAGCGACGUCGCCGAUACUGUUCUACAACUCGCCAGCGCCGAGCCCUACGGCAUCCGGGGCUGUAGGCUGCACGUGGACCUGGAGACGGGCAAGCAGGCCGGAGCAGAUCAGAACCAGCAGCGACUGCGGCUAGUGACAUUCAAGUGUGCGCCCGACACGGUCUCCACGUUCGAAGUGUUCGUCACCCUGCGACAGGAGACCUCGUGGAAAGUCGCCCUGCCACACAUUCUCAAGAACCUGACGAGCGGUGGAGUGGUGGUGUUGAGUCAGGACUUCACCAUCGCCAAGAAGAGCCUCUUCCGGUCUUACUCGGGCUGAGCGCGCCAACCACCAUUGUUUCCCAAUCAGGAGGGCGACGCGCAGACGUAUCAUCUCGAGAGAAACAAGACUGAACCGUCCGUCAUUUCCACAGCAAUUUUUGUUAUUCUAUUUCAAGUUCCCACGAGAUUUCUGUCCUCGGCACGUAUUGUCUGCAUUGGGAUCAGUGUGUGAGCUUGAACGGUGCUGUGUACCUGAAUGUUUGUGUCACAACAUUGUAUUCUGAUUUGAAAAGCCGAGAACAGAUUUGUUUAUGUUCCUAAAUAUCUCUCAGGACUGUCUUUCAUGCUAUUGUACCUGAAUCGUCAUUCAUCAUUCGCACAUAAUGUCAUUUUUGAGAGAUUUUAUAUUCUAUUUUUUCUCUAUUUCCUUCAUUACAUACUUUUCUUUUUGUAGAACUUAAGUUUCUUGACGGCUACUGUAUUUUAUGCAUUUUGUUCACAGAUUCUGCACAUUGCAGUC